GGCAGACAGAGUAGAUAUAUUUAUUUCUGGAAUCAAUCGCGGUAAAAUACUUCAAGCAAAACAAAUGCGCCUCCAACAGCCCCUCCCUGCUGUAGCAGUGUCAAACCCAUCAGAACACCAAAUCAAUUGCUGUCAGUGCCUCUAGAAUCAUGGACACAUUCUAUUUCCCCCCCAUAAUUAAUUAAUUGUCGAUGCAACGAAAAAUAGCAAUAAACAAUAGCCAUAGCAGUGCGGGCUACUAGGAGGAACAAAAAUACGCACAGACACUACUUGUUGUGAUUUCCUUCCGUAGAAUUCACCUGAAAAUACAAGGACAAGAGGGGCCUACACGGUGUGGGCAUAGCGAUCAAGGAGGCCAUGUGGGAGAGUGUGGGCGAGGAAGGUAGGACGGUGGAGUGCAUUAGCCCGAGUCUGAUGAAGGUUCGUCUACAAAUUGGCCGCACCUGCGGAGUAACUUUCGUGGUGGGGUACGCCCCCACGGAAACUGUCCCCACCACCGCGGGCGGUGAUGUUAACGCCAAGGACUCCUUCUGGACUACUGUCGACGCAGCGAUCCGGGAGGCGGACCGGCGUUUCAUGCGCAAUGUCUCCGUCAAACGUGUCGACUUCGAAGACUCUGACCACAACCUCGUGCUUACGACUGUCCGCCUCCCCCCCCGUGUCGCACCCAACCGACGAGUGCGGGGGAACAGCGGAAGCAGCCGGAUCCGUAUCGACCUCGAGCGGUUGAGGAAGGACAAACACCUACGGGACGCCUUCCAAAACAGGGCCUCUAGCCGCCCUCCGCCCACGGCGCUCAGGCGGCCAACGGGAGAGACCGCCGCCGAGCUGACGGCUACGGUGAUGUCGGCCGCUGCUGAGACCGCGCCGCUGGCGAGGUGCGCACGAGGGCAGAGAGGCUGGUACACGAGCGAAGCGCAGCACGAGAUCUCUGACGCGUCGAAGGAGAUUAAGGCGGCCCAGCAGCAACUGCGUGGGGCCUCAAAGAACAGCGCCUGCGAGGCGACCCUGAAGGCGAUGCUCAAGGCGGCGCGGAAGAAGCGCAGCAUCGCGAGGUGGAGAGCACUGGAAACGUUCUUCGAGAUCUAUGUACGGCAGCUCGAGAAGAAGAGCCGAGAGGGGGAUCAGGCGGUUUUCUACAGGCACCUGAAGAUGAUCGACGUCGAAGGUAAGAGGUCGUUCACCUCUCAGAACAUCAAGGACGAGGACGGCAAGGUCCUUCGGGACCCCACGUUUAUUCGCCAACGGUGGGCACGGUGGUUCCACAAGCUUCUCAACACCAAGUCGCCGACCAUCGACCUGCAUGCGGCUGACAAGGUCAAGCGGUGGCCCACGUGCGUGCCACUCGACGACAUCCCAUCUCUACUUGAGGUUGAGGAAGCGGUACGGGAAAUGGCCAACAGAAAGGCCGUCGGGCCGGACGACCUACCGGCUGAGCUGAUCAAGCUUUUCCUGGACGGAGAUCAAGGUCUCCUCCGCGAAUUCCACGCCAUUGUCGUGGACGUGUGGCAGACUGGGGACGUACCACAGCAGUGGAAGGAUGCCACCAUCAAAGUGCUGUUCAAGAAGGGGGACACGAUGGAGUGCGGCAACUACCGGGGCAUCUCGCUCGUCGCACACGCCGGCAAGGUGCUGCUUAAGGUCGUUGCUACACGACUGAGCCACUACUGCGAGCGAGAGGGCAUCCUCCCGGAGGAGCAGAGCGGUUUCCGCCCACACCGGUCGACGCUCGACAUGCUGUUCGCCAUCCAGCGGCUCCAUGAGCUCGCGAGGAAGAAGAGUACUGCGGUGUUCGCGUGCUUCGUCGAUCUCACCAAGGCGUACGAUUCGGUGGACCGAGAUCUGCUGUGGGACGUGCUCGGACGCUUUGGCGUGCCCCCGAAGAUGCUGGCGGUCAUUCGCCACUUCCACGAGGGCAUGAGGGCGCGGGUUCGAACGGACGACGGGCAGUACUCGGAAUGGUUUGACGUCGGCCAAGGUCUCCGACAGGGGUGCAACCUGGCCCCGCUGCUGUUCAACUUGUUCUCUGCCGCGAUGCGCAUGGUCGCAGUGACCGAGUUCGACAAGGACCCCAAGGUGACGGCGGAUAUGAUCAAGAUCGCAACACGAGUGGAGUGCACGGGCAAGAGGGGCAGGUCGGCGGGGAAGAAGGCGAUGAUGGUGACGGUCGCAGAGGCCCUGUGGGACAUGCUCUACGCUGACGACGCGGCCAUCGUCUCGCUCACGCCGGAGAGCCUCGAAAAGAUGAUGUCCAUCAUCGUGCGCGUGGCCGGCCUGUUCGGACUGAUGGUAUCGGAGCCAAAGACGGAGAUCAUGUGCAUGCUACCGAAAGGGCUGGGGGAACGCCCGUUCGCGGUCAGCGCCGCUGGCCAGACGUACAAGCAGACAGAUCGGUUUGUGUACCUCGGACGUACCAUCUGCGCGGAUGGGAAGGUCGACCGGGAGAUCACGAGCCGCAUCUGCCGAGCAUGGAAGUGCUACCGCCGGAACAGCACUUCGAUGUACGACAGGAAACGGGCCAACCGCCAGCUCAAGAUCCGACUACUCCAGGCUGAAGUGGUGCAGACCCUCCUAUACGGGUGCGCCUCGUGGAGCCUGGCAGCGGAGCACUACACCAAGCUGAAUGGGACCCACCGCCAGUUCCUGACACGGUGUAUCGGCUGGAGCAAGCGGAAGCGCUCAGACCGACCCCUGUCCUACGCCCAGGCCCUCAUCCAGGCCGGCUGCGAGGAAACCAUCGAGGCCACCGUGCGCAAACGGAGGCUGUGUUUUGCGGGCUUCGUUAUGCGCAUGGAGGACAACCGCCUCCCCAAGCGCAUGCUGCUGGGAGCGAUGGCGGGGGGUACCGGAUACCGGGGCGGGCAGGAGAGCGACUGGGUGUAUCGCCUAGGAGAGGACCUCGUGGCGUUUGGCAUGAAAGAGGAGAAGGAGGGGGGGAGAUGGAAAGAGAGCGCCAAGGACCAGGAGGCGUGGUACGACAAGAUCGAGGACGGGGCGGCAUGGUUCAUGAGGAAAUGGCACAGACAGGAGGCGGAAGCAUCCGCGAAGCGCCAGCGCCAGCGCGCGGAGGAAGCAGAGACGGAGAGUACGGCCGCCCCGGGCCCGAAGAGAAAGAGAAUCGGGGAAGCGGCGGGGGGGGGGAAGAAACGGCGACCGGACACUGCUGUAGAAGCGAGUAGGGCGGCCGAGGCAGCGCUUGUGGCGAACUAUGUACCCGGCUGAUGUUGUUGCGCCCUGUUUCACUCCCUGCUGUAUGCUAUACUCCUUUUUGUAUGUCCUUUUUAUUGCCUUCGGCCUCUGUGCUGUGUUUCUUUUUUUCAUGACCUCCCUGCCUACUCUGCUGUGUUGGGUAGUACCUUGAUCUCGCUUUGCUGUUGCCUUUGUU